AUGUAUCUGCACAAGUCUGGAGCGCAGAAGAGGAAAGAAAAGAGAGAACGAGAGCAAGGGGAGGAAAAAUUAAAAAAGAAGAAUCCAUUAUUGAAGUAUUUUAAAAGGGAAAAACAUACAGAGCAAACAGCUAUGAUACAGACUGACUCUGAGGAAGAUGAAGUACAUCAUCAAGAACCAGAAAAGGAGAUCGCUUGCUGCAGCACAUCUAACACAACUGACCCUGAAGUUCUAGUUGAACCGUUACAAGAAGAGAUGGAAGCUCCACCUCCAAGCAGCAUUUCUAACACACAGGAAAUUGUACAGGAAGAAUUGGAUUGGAAAGAUCCAGCUCUGUGGCCAGAUAUUCUAAAAGACAAAGACCGGGAAAAAAUUGUGAUUGGUGGGCUAAGAAAAGAAGAGGAACUAAAAGAAAUGAUUAAAGGAAGACUUCUGGAUGUAACUUUGUUUUUGGCAUCAAGAAAUCUGGCUUUUCGGGGAAGCUCGCAAAGAAUUGGAGACCAGCACAAUGGUAAUUUCCUUGGUCUACUUGAAUUGAUAGCUCACUAUGAUCCAGUGCUCCAAGAACAUUUAGAGAAAGUGAAGAAAAGUCAAGAGACAGGAAAAAAACUGCAUGCACACUAUUUAUCCUGGGCAACACAAAAUGAGUUCAUAAACCUAUGUGGAAAGCAUGUUCUGAAUACAAUACUCAAAGAAAGAGAAAAGGCAAUUCAUUUUUCUGUGAUAUGUGAUGCAACACCAGAUGUUUCACACACAGAACAAAAUGUAAUUGUUUUAAGGUAUGUCUACAAUGAACCAGGGUCUGAAGACUGGACUAUUCAAGAAAGGUUCAUUGAAUAUUUUGACUUCUUCCAUAAGACUGGAGAGGAAAUAGCAGAAAUGCUAUUAUCAAGACUACACAAACAUGGCAUCAAUGUCAAGGAUUGUAGAGGUCAGGGCUUUGACAAUGGAGCCAAUAUGUCUGGGAAAAAUAAAGGAGUCAGAGCUCACAUACAGGAAAAGUAUCCGAAAGCUAUAUUUUGUCCAUGUGCUUCACACUCCUUGAAUCUUGUGGGUGUGCAUGCAGCAUCAUGCUGCCCUGAUGUGAUCACUUUUUUUGGAUGUUCGAAUCGCCUGUACACACUUUUUAGUGGAAGUCCUGAGAGGUGGAAUAUUUUGAAGGAAACCAUUGGUGGUUCAUUGCAUGGUCUGAGUGACACCAGAUGGAGUGCCAGGAUAGAAGCUGUUUGUCCUAUUGCUCAAAAACUUCCCAGCAUUUUGGAAUCCUUGGAGAAAAUAUUAUCAUCCAGAAAACUUUCAAGUGAAGCUCAUUCAGAAGCUGUAGGCCUUAAAGACUAUUUUUCAUCUUUCAAAGCUGUCAUCCUGGCAACUUUCUGGGUGAAAGUUCUUCAAUGUUUUGAAGAUAGGAACAAAAUUCUUCAGUCCCGAUCAAUUUCACUGGAAAUUGGAGCAGAAAAUAUCAAGGCCCUUUCUGCGGAAAUGCAAUUACUCCGGGAAAGGUGGCUUUCUCUACUUUCUGAGGCUAAGCAUGUGGCAGGUAAUUUGGAAAUACCAAUGGUACUGAAAACACAGAGAAGCCGGCAAAGGCAGAAGAAACAACACACUGUAUUGGGCAGUGAAGACCAAGAAUCUGAAGAAGAAUUUAAGGUAAAUGUUUUCUGUGUGGCACUAGAUUCUGUCAUUAGUGAACUAAACCAACGGUUUAAUUCUAUGGAAAAUGUGUGCAGUUUAUUUGCUCCCAUUUUAAAACUUAGAACAAUAUCGGAUGAAGAACUUGUGACAUCCACUGAAAAUCUUAUAUCCAAAUACCCUGAAGAUCUUACAGUUUCACUGUUAAGUGAAAUUCAGCACCUUCGCAAAGUUUUUGAUGCCACAUUUGCAAGCAGCUUGGGUCCACUGGAUUUGCUGAAAUCUAUAUACAAGCUACAGCUUGAAGGAAUAUUUGGAGAGGUUUGCAUUGCUCUCAGAAUAUUUGCUACCCUUCCACUUUCUGUGGCUGAAGGAGAGAGAGCGUUUAGUAAACUAUCUCUGAUGAAAAACUAUCUCCGUUCAACAAUGAGCGAAAAUCGUCUAAACAGCCUUGCUAUUCUUUCUAUAGAGCAUGAACUUGCCCGCACUCUUAACUUCAAAGACCUAAUUACAGAUUUUGCCAUCCUUAAAAUAAGAAGAUGGUCAACUCAGCAAACUUAA